AUGCUGGCGACGACGGCGCUGGGCGCGGCGUUCUUCGAGCUACCGAUCGCGACGGCGUUCGCGCUGGGAUUUUUGAUGUGCGGGAUAUCGCUGGCGGUGGUGAUUCCGCCGGCGGUGGCGAUGAAGCGGACGGGGCUGGGCGUGGAGGCGGGCGUGCCGGAUCUCGUCGUCGCCGCGAGCUCGUUUGACGGAAUUCUGUGCAUAGUCGGCUUCGGCGUGUGCGGCGGCGUCGUGGCGGCGUCGGGGGGGGGCGGGGCGAGCGCGAUGGCGUGGAAGGUGCCGACGCAACUCGUCGUCGGCGCGCUCGGGGGAGUCGGCGCGGCGGAGUUCGCGACGAGGUCGGGAUUGUUGUCCGCGCCGGGGAAUCGCGCGAGCGCGACGUCGGACGCGUCGAUGAUUUUGUCCGUGGUUUUGUUGAUUUUGUUCGCGGCGAAACGGUUGGAAGUGAACGGCGGAGGAGCGCUGGCGAGCAUCGCGUUUUGCGUCGCCGUCUCGAGCGCGUGGAAAUCGCGCGGGAUGGAGGACGCGCUCAAGGAAACGACGGCGUUUAUGAACGCGCUGUGGGCCGAGUUCGCGGCGCCGCUUUUGUUCGUCAUCAUCGGAUGCACGCUCGAUUUGCACGCGAUGACGGGCGACGUCGCGGCGAAGGCGAUCGGAAUCAUAGCUCUCGGGGGAAUUGUGCGAGCGCUCGGUGUCUUUUUGAGUACGGCUGCGAGCGAGUCGAUGAAUCUUCGCGAGCGAGCGUUCAUCGCUCUCGCAUGGACACCCAAGGCGACGAUUCAGGCGGCUUUGGCGAACGUGGUUUACGACCAAGCGGUCACCGCUCAUGGCGUCGGCUCGCCCGAGGCGCUCGAUGGCGAAAAGCUUUUACAAACCGCGCUGUUGUCGAUUUUAAUCACGGCGCCCUUGGGCGCCUGGUGCAUCGCCUACUUCGCCCCGCGGCUUUUGAAGCAAGAGACGAAGCCCGUCGCCAUCGCUGUAGCAUAG